CAACUUGUUCCAGAUAAGCGGAAAUUGAACGGGGAACUUCUUCGAUAUUUUUAUGCAGGCGAAAACGAUCAGAUGUACGCAAAAAAUAAUGAGAAUGAAUUUGCCAAAAAAAAUGCCUCAAAAUUGUAAUAUCUGACACGAUGGAGCCAAAGGAGCGCAUCGUCAUGCGAAUUCCGCCAUGAGAUCGUCGGUGCGUGAAUAACGUUCGUUAUCAGAGCGAAUUAUAAUCAGUUUCAGGGCUUGAGAUGUCGCACGGGGGAGCACCAGACGAACGAUCGAUUCCAAAUGGUCAUGCAAAGAUGCAGCGAUCGGUUGUCUCGGGGUAGCCAGAAUUCGAACGGCAACGACAACCGCUCGGAAAGCGAUUCCGGAAAGGACGACAGCUACGACGGAUCAUCGUCGGAAUCUGACGAACAAACUUACGACAAGAAAUCACUCGUCGGACGUCACACGGGAAGUUCAGAUUCCAGCGUGACGAGGAAUUCGGAUUCCAGCAACAACAAGGACCAAAGAGCCAAUUCUCAUCAGUAUCAGCCAACGCCCAUGGGAUCUCAUGCGUAUCCAUAUGGCAGGAUGAACAAUGCUACUCAUUCAGGCUCUUCUGUUCAAACUAUGAGUGACCGAUUUUCUCGAAAUAAUAUGACCCUACGUAACACCGUGCCCAAUGGUAUGACGCAAAACUCAGGACAGAGCUUCAGUAUGAACGUAAAUUCACGUCACGAUCAGUCUUGCGUCGUUUACUGCUUCUUUGAAGAGCUGAAUCUGGUAGACCAAAAAGGGUAUCCGGAAAAAUCAGCGGUUACUAAAAUCAUGACGCAAAAUAUUCGUGACCCAGAGUUGCAGGAUUUUAUUGAGGAAGCUGUGAUGGAUUGCUUCUAUCUGAUUGACUCUGAUAGAAACCAACAGCAAUGCAAAUUUUCUCAAAAUCUUAUGAAUUGUUUCGCUAGUAAGGGACGAGAGAGAUGUGAAGAUUGGGACAGCGAAUAGUCCUCUCUUUUCAUGAAACAUGACACGGAAAUAACCUUAUAUUGUAUAGAUUCUUUGUUACCUACUAGAGAAGUAUGCCUACUAUGUAUUAUUAUCACGAUGCUAAAUAAAGCUUGGAUUGAAAAUUA